GCCCCUCCGCAGCUCAAGCCCGGUGCCAUGCGAGGCCUCGGGCCAGGCCUGGCGGCGCGGCGCCUCCUCCCGCUGCGCUUCCCCCCGAGGCCGCCGCGGCCCCCGGGGCCCCGGCUGUACAGCGGGCCUCCGGCGGCGGCGGCGGCCGGCGCCUCGGAGCGGGCCAUGGAGGAGCUGCUGCGCCGCGCCGUGCCGCCGACGCCGACCUACGAGCUGCGCGAGAAGACGCCGGCGCCCGCCGAGGCGCAGUGCGCCGACUUCGUGAGCUUCUACGGCGGCCUGGCCGAGCUGGGCCCGCGGGCCGAGCUGCUCGCCCGCCUGGCGCAGGGCUUCGGCGUGGACCACGGCCAGGUGGCCGAGCAGAGCGCCGGGCUGCUCCAGCUGCGCCAGCAGCCGCGCGAGGCGGCCGCGCUGCUGCAGGCCGAGGACCGGCUGCGCCACGCGCUCGUGCCGCGCUACCGCGGCCUCUUCCGCCUCAUCGGCCGGCUGGACGGCGGCGCGCGCUUCCUGGUGCGGCUGCGCGCGGACCUGCUGGAGGCGCAGGCGCUCAAGCUGGUGGAGGGGCCGCACGUCCGGGAGAUGAGUGGGGUGCUGAAAGCCAUGCUGUCAGAGUGGUUUUCUUCAGGCUUCCUGAACCUCGAAAGGGUCACCUGGCAUUCACCCUGCGAAGUGCUUCAGAAGAUCAGCGAGGCCGAGGCCGUGCAUCCAGUGAAAAACUGGUUGGAUAUGAAGCGCCGUGUGGGGCCCUAUAGGAGGUGUUACUUCUCUUCUCACUGCUCCACCCCUGGCGACCCCCUGAUUGUUUUGUAUGUGGCACUGACCAGUGACAUCACCAACAACAUCCAGGCCAUCGUAAAGGACUGCCCUCUGUCGGAGACAGAGGAGAAGAACAAGAUUGCUGCGGCCAUCUUCUACUCCAUCAGCCUGAUCCAGCAGGGACUGCAGGGCGUGGAGCUGGGAACGUUCCUCAUAAAGCAGGUGGUCAGGGAGCUGCAGAAGGAGUUCCCUCACCUGGGGGCGUUCUCCAGCCUGUCGCCCAUCCCUGGCUUCACCAAGUGGCUUCUGGGGCUCCUGAGCCCGCAAACAAAGGAGCACGGGAGGAACGAACUGUUCACAGACUCGGAGUCCAGGGACAUCGCCGAAGCCACGGGCGGCCCCGCUCACGAGACCCUCAAAACCUACCUGAGCAGCAAUGAGUGGGUGAAGUCGGAGAAGCUGGUUUGCGCGCUGCAGGCGCCCCUCAUGAGGCUGUGUGCCUGGUACCUGUACGGUGAGAAGCACCGCGGCUACGCCCUGAACCCUGUGGCCAACUUCCACCUGCAGAACGGGGCCGUGCUGUGGCGCAUCAACUGGAUGGCGGACAGCAGUCCCAGGGGCCUUACCAGCUCCUGUGGCCUCAUGGUCAACUACCGCUACUUCCUGGAGGAGACGAGCACCAACAGCGUGGCCUACCUGGGCUCCAAGACCAUCAAAGCUUCCGAGCAGGUCCUGGGCCUGGUGGCCCAGUUCCAGAAGAACAGCAAGCUCUGAGCCUGCCCCCAAGGUGCCGCCCCCAGGACAGGGUUGUGUUGUGGGUGGGACCUACCCAGACCCACUUCUCACAGGCGCUGAGUGGAGGCGCAGCUGGGCUGUACCACCCUCCCUCGGCAAGGUGCUUGGCAAGGCUCUGCCGGCUGUCCCCGCCCUGGUGAAGAUGCGCCCCCUGACGGGGAUGGUGCCGUGCCCACGCCCCGGGGGCCCUGGGCCCUCCAGAGCCUCUGCUGCCGCCUUUGGUGCCAGGGCGUCUCAGAAGCAGGCUGCGGCCCGGGUGAGAGCAGAUCUCCUGCGGGCGGACAUCAGCCCGCCCUGGCUGUUCGGUCAUUGUUCUCCACGCAGUACAAAAGGAAAGCUGCGUUGCCUUUUACCAGCUCACUUGCACGGCUCAGAACCGUGAAAAGUUCCAGACUGUACGUAAAGUGUAGUCAGUUAAAUCAAACAUGGAAGACGUGUCUGCGGGACGCCUCCGCUGGGUUUUAGGCUUUAAAAUCACGGUGAUUCAGGUUCAUAGUGAACUAAAUAGUAAAGAACAAGUUUGUUCAAUAAAGUUUUCAGUGUGAUUA